GUCCCAAGAAGUACAAGUGUGAAACAUGUAGUAAGAGCUUUUUGGAACAUUAUAAUCUUUUGGUUCAUCAAAGGAAGCACACUGGAGAACGGCCUUAUGUUUGCCCUAUUUGUAGCAAAGAAAUCAGGUAUCACAAAGACUACGCUGAGCACAAGCGUUCACAUGCGCAGAAAGCAGCGUUCACUUGCCAAAUUUGCGAUAAAACCUACAGAAGAAAACGUGAUCUAGAAAGACACCUACACUCGCAUCGACAAGAAAGCAGGUUCAGUUGUGAAAUUUGCGGUAAAGGAUUUAAUCGAAAAUACUUGAGAGAGCAGCACAUAUUGAAACACGAGUCUCGAUUGAAGCAAGUGCAAAAAACUCUACUAGAGUGUAACGUGUGUCAGAAAAAAUUUAAAACGGACAACGGACUUUUAAAUCACAAAUUGAAGCAUACAGGAAUGAUGGAGGAGCAUCAGUGCCAUAUCUGUGGGAAAACUUCUGAAACGUCUGUUGAUUUGGAAGCACAUUUAAGACACCACAUACCUAGAGUGAAGUCGGUUAGCUGCUCGCAAUGUCAGAGGAUGUUUACAUCGGAUGGCACGCUCAAAAUCCACAUGGAUAGAUUCCACAAGUAAAUACUAUAUAGUUCAACUAUUUGCAUCAGUUAUGGUCAUUCAAGUCACAUACGCUAAAAACAGCAUUGAUGAUUAAUCUCACUCAAUUUUUUAUCUGAAGAUGUAUGCAGAACUGUACUGCUAUUGCAGUUAUGGAGCCAUACCAAUAAAUAUCCUAACUUAUAAUCAGGUAAAAACACAAAAGGAAGAAUGAGAAUAGUUGUCCUGAAGGUCGUUUGUGAUGUAAGGCUCUACUCACACUUAUGCAACUCAGGUCGAGAAGAGACUCGACUCUAGUCGAGAGCAUGUGUUUUCAAGUGGUGACAGUCGCAGAGACUAGAAUCGACUGGUCUGAGUGUCACCAUUUGGAAACACAAUGCUCUCGACUAUAGUGAGGUCACGUUAUAAUGGCAGUGAAGAAAGAUAGGAAAAAAACGUUGCCAAUCCUCUCCAUUUUGCCACAGACUGUACACAGCUGUUACUCAAUUCUUCCCAUUAAAUUUAAUCCAAUAAUAAUUAUAAUUUCCUUGAUAAAAUAAUCAAUUUAAUGUCAAAUAAAUCAAGAAAAUAUAUUUUUUCAUAAUUAGAUUCAAAAAUUUGCUUCCAUAACUGAAAUCAGAUUUCUAUUUUUAUACAAACCUGAAAUGGCGGCUAAUUUAAAAAGCUGUGAUACAACGAUCUGAAUUUCAAAACAACAGAAAUUGAGUUAUUUGGUAGGUAUUCUAUUCCAAUUCCAUUUUAAAAUAAUAGAAAAAUAGAAAUCCUAUUUAAAAAUAAGAAAUUUCAAUGGAUUAAUUCUGAAAUAACUUUUCAAUAUUAUUUAUACCGGUACGAGUAGGUCUAACCUAUACGGGUAGACUAACUGAAGCAUGGAUGAAGUCUAGGAUGGUUGGUUAUCUACUUUUAAAAUGUCAUUUCAGGUAUUUCAAUUUGUGUUUCUCAUACAGUAGGCCUGAUGUUUAAAAAUUAUUUCAUCGUUUCAAAAAUACAUUUUAAUCAAUUAUACAACUUGUGUACUCAAGUAUUUUGAUAAAAUGAAGAAAAAAUGGCGUCUGAGAAUUUUUGUUCAGUUUUGUACAGUCACUGUUAAAAGUAAAUAUAAAAUAUUCUGGCAAGUAGACAACAUUGCAAAGCGAGAGAGAGAUAGUGCUAUCUGUUGUUUUGUAUGAUAGAAAAGGACAGCAACAGUAUUGUCAAUCAUACAUUGCCAUUAUAAUGUGGACCUCACUAUAAUAGAGUCGAGUAUCUUCUCGAUCUGAGUCGCGUAAGUGUGAGUUGAGCCUUACUGAAGUAGCCUAUAUGAAUAGUGACUUUUCCCUGAUCUCAAAUAAUCAUCAAUUAUUUCCCAAGUUGAAAAUAUAAGGCUAGUGAAAAGAUUGAAUGCUACCAAUGUCUAUAUUGUUUUUGUUUUUAUGAAGGGCUAAGAUUAUAUAAAUUGAUAUUUAGAAGGACUAUUAGAUGUAAGACUAAUAGAUGUAAGACAUUUAUAAUGAUUAUAUAUCAGUAGUCAAGUAUUUUUCAAUUUCUUCCAAUAAAUAUCCCAGUUUUUAUAGAAA